AUGCGUUUUGAAAAUUUUAUUUGUAGCAGGAAGAAUACACUUUAUAUAUCUAUUUCAUACUUAACAGCACAAGACUGUCAACAAUUUGGAUGUGGUUUUGGCAAUUGUUGUUCAAAAUGGGGAUAUUGUGGUAAUACACCAUUUCACUGUGAUUACAAUAUGCAAACGAAUUCGACUUAUGCCGCAUCAUGUCAACCAUCAUGUGGACCAGGUUUUUGUUGUUCAAAAUGGGGAUUUUGUGGUAAUACACCACUUCACUGUGAUAGUUCAAUGAAUGAUACUUUUGCUACUUUAUGUCAACCACGAUGUGGGCCAGGUUUUUGUUGUUCGAAAUGGGGAUUUUGUGGUAAUACACCACUUCACUGUGCUGGUCAAAUAAAUGAUACUUUAGCUACUUUAUGUCAACCGCGAUGUGGACCGGGUUUAUGUUGUUCGAAAUGGGGAUUUUGUGGUAAUACACCACUGCACUGCAAUGGUGGCGAAAUUGUUCCACCAAUUGAUAAUGGUCGAUGCCCACCACCAUGUGCACCUGGCCUUUGCUGUUCAAAAUGGGGAUAUUGUGGUAGUACACCUGAAUAUUGUGAUGAUCAAACUGGAAGUGGUAAUAACAGUGCUUUGAUCACUCGAGAACAAUUUGAUUGUAUUUUUGAUCAAUUAGAUCCAGCUACCCGUGAUAAACGCUGGCAAGGUUAUCAAGAAGCAUUGACAAUGACGCCAUUUCAACCACAAAAUCAGAAUGAAGUUAUGAUUUUUUUUUCACAUGUAUCGCAUGAAACAGAUGGUUUGAAAACUUAUGAAGAGUAUUGUGGACAAUCAGGUGCAUGCGCUGAUGAUUAUCAAGGCUCAUGGUGUCCUCCAGUUCAGGGAGAACCUGGUAAACAGUACUAUGGUCGUGGUUGGUUUCAGUUAUCAUGGCCAUGUAAUUAUAAGGGAGCUGGUGAUGGACUUGGUGUUGAUUUGUUGAAAAAUCCGCAGCUAGUUGCUGAGUCCGAUAAGUUAGCUGCAGCAACUGCACUCUGGUUUUGGAAUGCUAAUAAUAUGGGUCAACCAGCAAGAGAUGGCAAUUUUGGCGGAACAACACAAAUAAUUAAUAGUAUUGAAUGUGGACCAAAACCCCAACAGGAUAGCAGAGUUAAUCAUUAUCAAAAAGUUCGACGAUGUUUUGGUCUUCCUCCAGCAACUAGUAAUUUAAAGUGUUAA